CACCAGCGUGGAAUCGGAGACUGCAGCAUCGCAGCGGUCGUGCUAUUGGCGCUCGAAACCCAAGCUGCAACGUCUGCGGCGAGCGGCGCAGGACAGCGCGAUCUUUGGCUUCGUGGUCACCAUUCAAGGACGACGCUCAAGGAUUCGAUCCGAGCCUUUUGGCCUUCCUUCACAUUGCCCCAAAUUCUCAAGUCUCCAAUUGCUGAGCCUACACUCUUGCUGUCAAACAUGCCAACGCUAUUCUCACGCCGACAGCGGCCUGCUGGCAGCGAGCUAGGCGCACUUCGUUUCGGCAACGGGAUCUCUUCCAGCGACUUGCUUGCUCGAGCUGCUUCACCAAGCGAUCAAGACGCCCGCCCACUGCCUGAUGUGCCUGGUCAUGAUGACCUUCCCGCAACGUAUCAACCAGACUACCGUACUCCCGCCUCCGGUCCUUCGAUGACCGAAUUCGGAGCUGCACGGUCUCAGGUCUCCAAAAGCCCCUAUAUGACUGCCUCAUUUGGGAAGCGGUCAGAGGAUCGCUUCGGGUCUUCUAGCCUUCAGGCACCUGCUCGCAAGCCCAAUCGCUCUGGCACGCUGCCUUUAGUGCCUUUGACAGCCACCACUCCAGUCACUCUUGGAGUCGCUAGUCCAACGAAGGGUCCGGGAUCCGUGUAUGCUGUGCAGGAGCAGGUAGAGCCCUACACAUAUGGAUAUGCUCACGAAGGUUGGGACACUCAGCUCGAUGCUGCCCAAGUUGCAGACCUGAUAACUGCAUGUGGCGACCAGAUUCGUCGCAGAGGUAUCGAUUCGCCCCUCAUCUUCUCAUCCAUGGCGCUAGACGUGUCGCCGAGCAAUACGGGUUCUCUGAUCAAAAGCUAUCUGGCGGGUCUGAAUGACUCAGAUCGUAAUGCGUCGCAGACCACCAUCACUGGUCGCCCGGACGGCACUGCGCAGCCAGAAUCGCUGCCCUCGGGAUUCUUGGACGAAAUACGGUUUGCUAACCCCCACGACCUCGCUACUGUCAUCAAAUGGGCGAUGGCACGAAUGGGUCGCAUCUUCGCUGUGCCUGUACCCACUCCUGCGAAGGGAGGGCCUGGGAGGAAAGGCGAGCUGGAGGAGGAAACAAUCGUCGUGCAGCAGCGCGGCUUCCUCGAGCUAGAGCACUACAUGGCUUGGCGCGAGGAAGAGAGGAAUCGCAACUAUCCUCCGACUGCCUUUUCCGCUUUCAUCGACCUUCUGACCGAUUCAUCAGCCUCUCUGCUUCUCACCACGCUAUUUUCUUUGCUCUCUUCAACCUCCUCAUACAGCCACAAGAACGGCAUGACACCGUCCAAGAUCUCGCGCAUCUUUGGUGCGCUAAUCUUCGGCUUGCCUGAGGACGAUACGUUUGAGCGCACAUACGAUUCAUAUGUGCGGGCGGGCAACGCCACGGAGCAUCUUCUGCACGCAUACAUCCGGGACAUCAGCACGAUGGAGGCAUUGCCCGUGAGGCUAGCAGACCACAUCAAAGGAUACCCCAAGAUGCUCUCUACUGAGCUUAAUCACCCGGCUAGACACGUACAAGGCGUACCUAUUACGCAGGUGGAGCGUCAGGUACGGCUCUACAGUGCUGACCUCGUCCAGACCGCCGGUGAGAUUGACCUGACAAACGACUCGGAGGAAUGGGCUGCGUGCUGUAGCGACAGCGACUACCAUGGCCAGCAUCCGCAACUCUCGGAUCGCUUCCGCAAACUCGUCAACCUUCGAGGAGGCACGGGUCAAGGGCGAAAAGGGGAGGUCAACACGAUUGGUAGGAGCGCGUCUCAAAUUUUGCGAGCAGGAGACUUGGAAUUUGAGGCUUACGAAUCCGUGUCUGCAAAAGACUGGGGUGACUUCAUGCUCGAUGGCUUUGCUGCACCUGAUCAAUCGAAGCUGGCCUUUGAUCUUCGCGAGAGCGAGCGCAAAGCCCGACACAAGCGGCAAUCGAUGGCCUGGGACAAGUUCGAAGAGCAAGGCUUUGUCGCUACGGACGAUGGCCUCCGCGAAGUCCUUAGCUUUGACGACGGGCUGAAAGAGGACAUGCGAAAGUGGCCCUCGCAGCGCGCUGAACUGAUGGAGCAAUUGCGAAACCAGGUCAAAAAGCUGCCGCCCUUUCCUUACGACACGACACCAGUCUGUGUGGCGAGCCCUUCGCGCGAUGGGUCGGAGCACUCUGGACAGUGGCAAGAGUAUCCGAUUUCUCGGAUGGACGAUCUCUUUGCUGAAUGCUGGGCCGACUACUGCUUGGGUAGUGGCUGGAGCAACAGGGACGAGCUGACACACCGGAACGCCAAUUUCGUGGUGGUACAGUACAAGAGCCGUCCAGCGCCAUGGACAGUAGGCAAGGGUGCGUCGUCAGCGUCGGCCUCCCUGCCGACAAGUGUCAGCGUUCGCGAUCACAACGAGUUUGGCGAGGCGAUCCAAGCCGACGACCGCACGGAUGCUGCUUGGUUUGUCGUGCAGGAAAUUGUGCCAUCUCAAUACCGCAGCGACCUGGACGCUGCUGGUCGUCUCAAGCGACGGAGCAAAGCUUACGUUCGGAAGUUCAACGUCUUCAAGCGCAUGUGGAAAGACAGAUCGGAAGAGUCUUUGCCGUACAAUCCGAAUGAUCCAUUCCGCCCGGGUGUCGGGGGCAUGACGAAACAACUUCGACUGCCUGAUCCUGCCGCAACAUCCAGAGCAUUCGAUAUAGAACGAUCAACCACCUACACGACGGUCAGAACACGCGACCAACGUCGCGCGGAUGCUGGCGUAGUGCCGAAUGCUAGCUACGAUCGGUCUUCGCCUUUGCCCUCAGGGGCGGUCACGCCAAGCAAUGAGGAGCCCGCCGCAGGUCGUCUUCUCAACCACCUGCGUUCGCGUACUAGGCGAGGCAGGUCAGGCCAUGAGAAUUCCUACGGAGAUGAAGAAGGCGUGGCACCUGCCGUUCCGCCAAAGCACGGUGCAACCUUGCCUGCCGCUAUGCGACCAGUUGAAAACCAGGCGAGGGCAUCGGAUGUGUCAAACGGCCUCGUCCGAAAAUCCUCGUGGUCAUCGGCGGACUUUGAGACGCGCAGUGUGCAUGACCCGGAUAUGGCUGCCUUGAAUUUUAGCGAUGGGCCACCGAGUGGGGGGCGUGUGAGAAAUGCUCUCCGGCGUGAUCCGCGCCGCGAAAGCAAAGACGAUUCUUGGUUGGAUGUAAUGGUCAAGGCCAACGAGUCACGGAUGACUGGUCAAGAUGCGCCUCCGCCCAGCAGCAAGCCCAAGGCAGCAGACGGCUCGACACCUUCACUAGGUCUUGGCGUCACACCCCUUCCGGCAAACUCCUCGCGUCCCGUGACCCUUCCUGUCCGCGAUGCAAGUCUGCCAGGAGGCUCCAGCAGGUCUCCUGCGCACAACAGUACUCAGUUGCCUGCCAGUGCACCGGCACAUGUCCAGGUCGCGCCUACUGUUGUCAGCCCUGGACCAGCAUCUGCUGCCGCUGCGAUCGCCGCUGCGGGCUGGUCCCGGGAGCCUGCUCGCAAUGGCGUUCCUGCUCAGGAUAGCGAUGCCGACUUUUCACUUCCCUACCUGCAGCCCAAUGCGCGCGACGGUCUAUUGACGGAGGUGCAGGCUACGACUCGUAGCCCUGAACGCUCUUCGCAGUUGACAUCACCACGAUCUGCCGGUGUCAAAGCGACGCCGUCUGCUUCUCCCACUGCGAAGUCCUCCAGCACGUCGGCAGCCCAUGGCGAGCCGCAUCUAGCACGCCGCUCGCCUCCUUUGGAUCGGAUGGAAGUCGAUGGUGCAGAUGACACUCGUGAGAGCACUCGAUCCGUCAUUCCCGCGAUGCCCGGACCUGAUGCGAGUCCCGCUGAGAAGGAACGAGUUCGUCAAGCUCGCAUUGAUGCGGCAAAGGAGCGCGCACGCGAGCUGCGAGCAGGACUGCAAAGUGUGGACGUUCGAAAAGCCAACGCGCCUCAGAGCCCCCAGAAAUCCGUAUCGCCAGCGACAACACCUAACGCGCGGCCUCGUGUGGAUCCGUUCAGCAAGAAUCCGACGGCAGGUCGCGUGUCUGCUAUUGCUUCAAAGUUUGGAGGGCCUGGCAAGGCAGGUAUUGCUUCUCCAACCAACUCGGAAGGCACCCAACGCUCCCCGGCCAAGCUUCCCUUCCCAGGCUCUGCCAUCUCCAGUCCUGAUCCCUCGCCAAGCAAGAAGCCAACCGGAGCAAAUGGCUUCGCUGCUUUCACGAAUGCGCCUCAGUCGCCGUCAGUAGCUGCAGCCGCGCUUGUCAAUGAUGACGCUGACGAGACCGAGUCGGCCGCUGGGCGUCGUUCUGAGGAUAGCGCUGGCGCAACCGAUACAGACUCCAUCUACCCUGAUGAGUCCGCAUCCCGAUAUGUUCGUGACGACAACGAGCGCCCUCUGCGUCUCUACAAUGAGCAUGAGAACGCUGAAGAACUUGAAAAUGCAGAAGCAGAGGAUCAUGUCAUGGCCCUGCGAGCACGGUAUCAACCGGGAAUGCCUCUAGACAAUGUGGCCGAAGAGUCCGAGUCUAUGCUCAGUGGCUCCAACUUCUGAUUACUUGCAACGCCCCGCACGCCUUUCAUCACAAGACGGCCUUCAGCGUGAAGUAUUUAUCGGACUGGCAUUGUCGUUGGAAAGCACUCUGCUCUUCAUCCCACUGUACUACUACCACU